GAAGCAUCGCCUUCCGGAUUGUUCUACUCGUAAUUUGCGGACUAAGUCUCAAAACCAACGAUGAAGCUUUUGUUGCUGUGCCUGUGUGUGGUCGCUGCCUACGCCGGCCCUUUGGCGGUUAACACACGCGACAUCGAGAGCGAUGAUUCCAAAGUGGUGUGUUAUUUCACCAACUGGGCGCAGUAUCGCCCAGGGAUUGGUAAGUUCAAGGUGAGCGACUUGGACCCGUCUCUUUGUACCCACUUGAUCUUCAGUUUUGCUAAACUUGUAAACCACGAACUGGUGGCCUUCGAGUGGAACGAUGAGUCAACGGACUGGAGUAUGGGAAGCUAUGAAGCCUUCAACAACCUGAAAGAAAAGCACCCCAAGUUGAAGACGCUUCUUGCGGUUGGAGGCUGGAACCACGGUACCGCUACGUUCAGCGCCAUGGUGGCAACAGCAGCUAAUAGGAAUACUUUCAUUCAACAAUCAAUCACCUUCUUGCGAACGAGGGGGUUUGAUGGACUCGAUCUUGACUGGGAGUACCCUGGAAGUCGAGGCAGUCCACCAGAAGACAAACAGAGGUUCACCGCUCUGGUACAGGAGCUGAGAGUAGCUUAUGAUUCAGAAGGGGCCACGACCGGCCAGGCCCCACUUCUCCUUACAUCAGCAGUUGCUGCAGGCAAGAGCACCAUUGAAGGCGCAUACGAGAUUGACUUGGUAGCACAGUCCCUUGACUUCAUUAAUUUGAUGGCAUACGAUUUGCAUGGAUCCUGGGAAAAGUUCACAGGGCACCAUGCUGGACUCUACAAAGCCCCAUCUGAGACCGGUGCUGCCGGGACGCUGAAUGUUGAGCAUGCAGUGAACCAAUGGCUUAAUGGCGGUUGCCCACCAUCUAAGUUGAUCCUUGGUAUUGGAACAUACGGUAGGAGCUUCACUUUGAGCAGCAGCCAGACAUAUAUCGGUGCCCCAGCUAAAUCCGGCGGCACUCCAGGAAAGUACACACGUGAAGGUGGUUUCCUGUCUUACUACGAGAUCUGUAUGGACCUCAAGCAUGGUAUGACUUCAGCAUGGGACACAGACAGACAGGUUGUCUACGCCUUCAAGGGCGACCAGUGGGUUGGAUACGAUAAUCCCCGCAGUAUUAAACAAAAGGUUGAGUUUCUGCAGAGCAAGGGUCUCGGAGGUGCGAUGGUGUGGGCCAUUGACCUAGAUGACUUCACAGGUCAGUGUGGUGAGACAUGGCCACUCAUGAAAAGCAUCAACAGGGAAUUAGGAAUUGAUAAUUCUCCACAACCACCAGCACCCACCAGCGGGAAUGGAGGAGGUCCAGGCCCAAACCCACCCAUAGGUACUCAUGCCCCACCACCACCCCCUGGUACUGACGCCCCUGGUAGCUCCUUCUCAUGUGCCAACAAGGCUGAUGGCUUGUACGCUGACCCUGGUAGCUGUACCACGUACAUCCAUUGCCAUGGAGGUACUACAUUCGUGAAGACUUGCCCUCCAGGUUUGCAUUGGAACAAGGCUGGUCAAUAUUGUGACUGGCCCGCCAGUGCCAACUGCAGUGUGUAAAUAUGGUCUAGAACCAAGGGUCGAUUUCACGGUAAAACUGACAACUAUUAAUUUGUCAAUUUUAGCACUUUGUGAAUUCAACCCCAGAUAAGUUUAUAUGGACUGGCCCCAUAAUGUCAACUGUUGUAAUACAUUUAAAAAAUACAUUCCAGUGACAUUUAAAUUCUCACAAGUAUGAUGGAAACAAGGAAAAUGCUAUUUGAUUAAAGUAAAGAGUAGCUAACAAAAGUUGUGAAUUUGAACUUAAGCAGAAUCUUGAACUAAAGCAAAAUUCAUUUUAAUUUAUAAACCAGUGUUCCCUUGGCACUAAUGUUCUGUGUACCCUAGGCACAUGUGUUCCCUAAGCACUAGAUUCAAAGGCUGAUUUCAUAGCAUUUUUAAGCAAUGGAUUGUAAUACCAUGUGUUGGGAUUUGCAGUAAAGCUUUGCACUCUACUCCAAAGCUUCCUAAAAUCAAGAGAGAUGAUAACAAAAUUAAAACAAAUCAAAUUA